UUAUAUAGAAACAAAGACUAAUAAUAAGACAAAAGAAAAAAAAAACAAAUCAUAAUAAUCUUGUGUUGUACUAAGAGCAAAAUUUGGAAUAUUUAAGAAAAUAAAAUAUUAAAAUUAUAUUAAAUUGAGAAUUAUUUAUUAAUAAUAGAAAAAAGAAAAUAUUAUAUCUGUUUAUUUUUAAUUUAAAAAAUAAACAUUAUAAAAUUUUAAUAUUAUUAUUUUGUAUAACAUUAUUCAAAAAGUCUACACUUAUUCAAAAUGAGUGAAUCAAAGGCAAAACCAAAAUUAAAAAAAUUAAUUCAUCAAGUUUCAAUCGAAUCACCGGCAGGUCUUACCAAAGAUUGUGUACUUAAUUUUUCAAUACCAGUACCAGAAACACCACCAAAAGGAGCUCGUAUUCAAAUUAUAUGCGCUGGUGCAUGUUAUCAGCGUAAUCGUUCAUCAUCGAUAAUAUCAAUAUCAUCGGUUUCAUCAGAUUUAAGUGAUCAUGGAAAUUCACCAUUAUUACAACAUCAACCCUCUAUAACAUCAAUAUCUGCAUCGCCAUAUCAUAUAUCUGGUUUUAGAGAUGGUGCUUUAUUUCCAGGUUUUGAAGUUGCUGGUACCAUUGAAUCUCUUGGCUGCGAUGUAUUAGAUAAUGAAUAUAAUUUAAAAGUUGGUCAGCGUGUAGUUAUAUAUCCCUUUGAAGAAAUUCCUGAUGGAUAUGCGGAAUUAAUAGCAGUUCCGUCUUUAAAAUAUGUGGUACAAAUACCGGAUACUUUACCAAUUAGUGUUGCAGCAAUGUUACCUAGUGGUGCAUUAUUAGCAAUGAGUGCUGUAAUAACAGCACAAGAAAUAAUUAAAAAAUUAUUAUUAGAAAGAGGUAAAGAUACGAAAUGUAAAAUAUUAAUUGUUGGUACCGGUGGAUUAACAUUAUGGGCUUGCCGUAUCGCACUUUAUCAUUUUGCAAAUUCAGAUUUAAAAGAUUCUGUUCACAUAACUGUUGCUAGUUUAAAAGAUGAAGGUAUCAAAUUAGCACAUGAAAUAGGAAAUGUCGAUGUUGUUCAGUGGAGUGAAGAUCUGUAUGAAAAUCAGUUGAUUGAAAGAACAAUAGAUGCUUGUCAUGGACCUGUUGAUAUAGUUAUUGAUUUUGGAGCAACAUCACGCACAUUGCGUCGAUCUAUGCGAUGUCUACAAAAAGGCGGUACUGUACUUAUAAACGAUGAAAUCGAUGAAAGAAUAUCACCUAGAUUUGAAAAUCUCGUUCAAGAAAAUAACAUCAAAAUAGUAUCAAUAUCGAAAGGUACAAUUGAGCAAUUCCAUGAACUCGUGAAAUUAGUUGCUUCAAAUAAGAUUACACCACCGCCAUAUACGGUGUUUCCUUUUGAGCAAGCCUCAGAAGUUGUACGAAAAUUAUGCAGCUCUCAGAUACCAGGUCGAGCAAUUUUACAAUUUCACGAUGUUGAAUAAAAUUUUGUUUUAAGUCAUGUAAGAAUUUCAUAUCCUCGACGCCAUACGCAGAAUAUAUAUUGGACUGAGAAAUUUUGUGUAGGUACAUAAUUAUACUUAUUUAAUUAAUGUGUAUAUUGUUAAAAAAUAUAUUUAAAUAAAG